UACCCGCUUUGUUUUGUUUAUGGAUUGUGAGCAUUAGAAAGCUUCGUGUUCCUUCUUCCAUCUUCGCAUUGGAACAAGCUCUCUCGCUCGCUCUCUCGCUGGAUGUGUGAGUGUUGUUGCACUAGAAGUGUGUUGUUGUUAUUGAGAUUGAAGCCAUGGCUCGGAGGGGGAGUCGCGUCGCGGGAGGCAGGGUGCUGGCCGCGGCUGCUGGCGGUGCAGCAGCCAUGGCUGCCAUCUUCGCCAAGGUUGCAUCGCCGGAGGUGCGAUGGGAGCUUCGACUCGCGUGUUACAUAUGCGUCGUUGCUUGCAACGUGAUGAUGUGGACGCUAUAUGUUCGAAGCCUUAACCGUUUGUCGUCCCUGCAAGCGACGGUGUUCAAUUUCGCAGCCAACUUUCUUCUCUCCGGUUUGGCGGGAUUUCUCCUCUUCGGUGAAGCUGCGCAUUUGCAGUGGCUGCUGGGUGCUGCUUUGAUUGUUGCGGGUAUCACGGUGCUUGGCAGGGCGGAUGUUAGUGUAGAAGCAGAGAAAUCGUCGGUGAAGCAGGAGUGAGGAAGACUUGUGAGAUGGAGCAAGGUGUCGGAGAUGAUGAUCUGGGGAGUGUCAACGUGUAUUGGACUUGCCAGGAUUUCUGUCCACAGGCAGGCAGACUGCUAUUGCGAAAUACUGGCUUUGUUGCAGAGUGCUUUCCUAUCUUUGUUCAUAGCAGAAGGUGUUUUAGGGUUAGAUUUUGAGUCCCUUAAAAAACGUACCCAAGUGAGAGGUCUCUGUAACGCAAUUGUCAAACUCUUGUGUGGAGGUUACUACCUCACAUGUCAUGUUUGCGGGUUCUAGAAGCAUGCACUAGAGUUUCUGUGUCUUAAUCUCUAGUCACGAAAUAUCUAAUGAGAUUAUCAUGCCUGGAACGGGACGGUCUUUCUUCUGAUCACUGUCUUGCAUGGUCAUUAGCUUAGGCAUUCCUAUAUCUCAAGGAUUCACGUGCACAAGCUUAUUGGCGAUACCUGCAGCCAGCAAGCCAACCUCAAUAAUGAUAAUUAAUUUUUCCCUGUGAUUCUGAUUGCGGUAGUCUAAGAAGAGAUAGCACCCUGAAUGAAGGCAGAGAUACUUUGACGAAACCAGCAGUAUGAUUCAAAGUCUUUGGCUCGAAGUGAUCGCUGUGAAGAUUUUAUCACUGCUCAAUUUGAAAUUUAUACUAUUUUACAUUUUCAGAAGGCAAUGAACUCAUGCUCUCAAUCAAAUGUAAUUGAUUGCCGCUAAAAUAGUUUCAGCUACAACAGAGUUGCUCCGCUCCUUGUCGCAGGCAUGAUAGUAAUGUUAUGUUCCCACUUUAUAACUGU